GCAGUUAACCUUUGGUGAAGAAAGAUCCGAGCACUAGCCAUCGAAAUCUCAUCAUGCAGAACCUACGAUUCGUGUCCGUUGCUGUCCUGUUGCUCGGCAUCACCAGCUCUAUGGCCUUCUUCACCGCGGAACAGCAAGAAAUCGCCAAAAACUUGGCCGAUGCCUGCCAGAAAGAGUUGGGAGUGGAGCUGCCGGCUGAUUUUGUGACAAAAAUGCGCCUAGCGGAUCCAUCGCUGGACAACGAAGUAUCAAAGUGCGCGUUACAGUGCAUCUUUGCAAAGGUAGGCUUCACGGAUGCGGAAACGGGAGUCGUCAACCGCACCGUACUGGCGCAGAAGCUGUCGAAGGGAAAUCCGGUGGAGAAGGCGGAACAGUUUGCCGAUCUGUGUGCGAACAACGAAGGAGAAUCAAAGUGCGAUAAGGCGUUCAGUCUGCAUCAGUGUUAUCACAAAAACAAAUCUAUCUUCAACUGAGACCUUCCAAAAAAGGGAGCCCCGGUAACUUUUCCCUUUACCUCAACGGACUCACUCACAACUCGGCUUCGCGGCUUUCCAACGGAAGGCGAAUGUGGCGGAAAAUUGUUGAAUAAAUAAAUAAACCCACAUUAC